AUGGCCGCAGGGGCGAAGGGAUUCAGAAUCCGCACGGUGUCCUACUUCGUUUCCAGCCCUCAGGACAAGGCUGGCUGGAAUGCCGAGAUCGCAAAGGCAGCAGUAUUCCUCAAGCGCGCGCAAGUUCUUUUUGAGAGCCAUGGCUACGAGGUGCAGACCGUGCGGAUCGUCACUCAUGCCCUGUCGGCUGCGCAAACCGGCGAAGAGGCGGCUGAGACCGCCGCCAUGCUGGAGCGGCUGUGCCUAACUUGCGGCAUCUCCUUCCUCAGCCUGGGCUGCACCUCUGAUGAGAGCCUGCUGGAGCAGGGCUGCUUCUCCAAAAUCGCUGCCUGCACCCGCUACACAAGCUGCUCCUUCAGCUGGCAGCCGGGCAUGGGCCAACGACAGGCGCAGCAGCUGGCCGCCGCCAUCCACGGCCUGGCGGAGCAGACCGCCGGCGCCGGCAACUUCCGGUUUGGAGUCGGGUUCAACUGCCACCCAGGCAUCCCUUUCUUCCCAGUCGCAGCAUCAGCGGCAGAUGUCUCUGGCUUUGCCAUCGGAACUGAAAACUCGGGGCUGCUCUUCCGGGCAUUCCAGCAGGCAGUGGCGGACAGCGCCAGCACCACUGCCGCCUGCAGCGUGCUUGCUGCAGCACAGAGACAGCUGCAGGCAGUGAUGACAGCUGCGCUGCAGCCGGUGCAGGAGCUUGCAGAGCAGCUGGCGGCGGCCCAUGGGCAGCCCUACCUGGGGAUAGACGCCAGCAUCGCUCCCGCCCUGGAGCCUCCCAGCAUACCAGCCGCGUAUGAGCUGCUGGGCCUGGGGCGGUUUGGCGGCAGCGGCACGCUGGCGAUCUCAGAGCGCAUCACCGCAGCCCUCAAGUCGCUGCCCAUCAAGCUCUGCGGCUACAGCGGCCUCAUGCUGCCCGUCUGCGAGGACAGCGGCCUGGCGCAGGCGGCAGACGAGCGGCUCAUCAGCGUCGGCAGCCUGCUGCACUACUCGGCGGUGUGCGGCUGCGGUCUCGACACGGUGCCCGUCCCCGGGGCCACGCAGGGCCAGCCGGCGCAGGAGCGGCAGGCGCUGCUGGGCGCCACGGCUGCGCUGCUGCUGGAUGUGUCGGCGCUGGCGUUCCGGCUCGACAAGCCACUGAGCGUGCGCCUGCUGCCGGUGCCUGGCGCCAGCGCGGGCCAGCAGACUGCCUUUGACUCGCCCUACCUCCUCAACUGCGCCACCCUGGCCCUGGACUGA